AUGGAUCUGAAGCUGCUCUCGAACAGCGCGUCCGCCGCCUCGGGAGCGGAUCAAACCGUCGGGAUGUGUCUGGUUGUUUUCAGCCUCCUGCUCUUCUCCUAUUACACAGUGUGGGUCAUUGUUCUGCCUUUUGUGGACAACACUCAUGCUCUGCACAGAUAUUUUCUUCCUCGUGAGUUCUCCGUCAUCCUGCCGGGCGUGGCAGCUGUCAUCCUGCUGCUCUGCAUCGCUUCCUUCACCGCCGUCGUCUUGUUGAAGAAUCACAAACCAAAGAAAAAAGAUUAA